GGGUCGCACGGCUGUGAUGGAGGCUGCAAGGGAAGGUGCUGUCGAGGUGGUGCGUGCUCUGCUCGCCAGAGGAGCUGAUGUGAACCUGUUUGACUUUGAGAGACACAGUGCUGCACAUUUUGCAGCCAAAGGAGGCUUUUUUGAGAUUCUGAAGUCUAUUUCAGCUUAUAAUGGAGACUUGAAACUUAUUGCUAUGAAUGGGAACACGCCACUUCAUUAUGCUGCAGAGGGAGGAUUUGCAGAUUGCUGCAAGUAUAUAGGACAAAGAGGCUGUGAUCCUACAUGGAGAAACCUGUUACAUCUGACCCCAAGAGAGGCUGCCAAGAACGGCGGUUUUAAAGCAGCAGUAACCAUUUUGCGUAAAAUUGAAAAAGGCUUUAAAAAAACCUUAUCCCCCGAGGAAGAGGUCUCUGCCUGGCACCUGAGGCUGUACGACUGGUCCUUGGAGCACGAGGAUUCCCUCCGCAAGGAGUUUGAGGCUCUCCUCCAAGAAGAUGGGAUGGUGACCAGAGCUGACUUUGUGUCCGUAAUUCAGAAGUGGUGGGGCUUCCUGGGUGCUGAAGAAAUGGAAAAUAUUGCUAAAAUGCAUGAAGUGCAGCCCGACAGGAUCAACCUCGACGAGUUUUUUAAAGGCUCCAAAUACCUGGACAAAAACUUUCUCAUGUCGUCCUUUGGGCCCAAAGCGAAGAAGCAGAAAAAGGGGGCGAAAGCAAAAGGCAAAAAAGGGCUCCCUGUGCCGGUCUGUGUCAUUCCGAAGAGGGAAUAUCCGCGCGGGGAAGAGGGCUUGCCUGUGUACCUGGUUGAGGCUUUUCCAAACAUUCCUGAUGAGGAGAGAUUUAAACGGGACCACCCCUCUGCCCACCCCGUGCACGACGACCGUGUCUGGUACCUGGAGGAGCCAAGGAAAACGUACCUGGAUAUUAACUACCUUGUCAGAGCAGGAGACAUCGUGUCCCUGCAGAAAGCAUUUGAGGAGGGUGUGCCAGUUGACAUAAAAGAUAGAUAUUACAAAACACCUUUGAUGGUUGCGUGUGCAAGUGGGAACGUGGUCCUUGUGGAGCUUCUUCUGGAAAAGGGGGCUGAUGUAAACAUGACAGACAAUUUCCUGUGGACUCCUCUGCAUCAUGCUUGCUCUAAUGGACACCUGGAUAUUGCUGAGCUGCUGGUGAAGGCUGGAGCAGCAGUGGAUGCCCUUGGAAUAGGCAACACCACCCCGCUGAUGAGAGCCAUUGAGGCCUGCAGGCUGGACAUUGUCUACUUUUUAAUCACUGCAGGUGCCAACAUCCAGAUUACAAACAGCAAUGGGAAGAAUGCUCUUGAUAUUGCCAAAGUAUUUGACAAUGCUAAAAUAAUUGACCUGCUCGAAAAUCUUAUGGAGAAUUUGGCAGAACCAGAAGAAGAAGCAAAGACGGCAAAAGGUGGGAAGCCAAAGUCAUCAGAGAAAAAAGAGUCUCCAGAGGUACCUCCGCCAGCUGUAGAAAAACCUGUUCCUGAACUGACACUGCGUUCCCGAAAGGCCAGUGCUCGGAAGCCUUUGGUAACAAAAGAGAGGAACAAAGAUGACAUCAGCUUCAAACCCAGAAAGCUAUGGAGCCCUGAUGCUGCAACAAUAGAGCUUGUAAGAAAGCAAGAAUUCCUCCGUGAACGUGCUGCUAUUUGUGGUCACUUAGAAGGCUUUACAACCCUCUUUAAUAGAAAAUUUAAGGAUUAAGCCCACCAGCUGGAAGAACCUAUUUCAGCAUGUAUUUUUAGGAGACAAAGAUCUAAAAGGCUACUCCUCUGCAGGGAAGGAAUCAUGCAGUGCUCAGGAAAUAUGUCUCGGUUACAAUA